UUUUGCAUUUUUUGAUUGAAGCGAAGACGACGAACAAGUGGAGUAGAAGGAUUUCGGAAUUUGAAUACUUGUGCUCUUUAAAUAUAAAGUGUUUAAUUAAUUAAUUGCAAAAGUUUGAAGGCAUAAUAUAAAUUGUUCAUUUGAUAAAAUUAUGCAAUGAUGGACUUUCACUUAUUGGUUGUAAUUACCUGCAUCUUCCUCGCCUCUCUCUGCUCGCUUCUCUUCAUUAAUAGCAUUUUCCGUCGUAAAACAUUCGAAGAUAUCGUUGCCGAAAAGAAGGCGUUCACUGACAAAAUCUACGCCCAGAGCAAAGUGGCUGCAAGGAAACCAAAAAAACAACAAACAACAAAGAAGGAUCUGAAGCGUGAGAAAAAAAAAUUACAACGUGAACAGCAAAAAGACAACACCGAGCAAGAGGAUUCCGAUGCCCAAUCCGAACCAACAUCUGUAGAUGAUGAGCCGCAGGGUUUGUCCAAAUCUCAUGUUGAAUUCGAUCCAGAUCCAGAAGUGAUUGUUGGUGCCACUCCAGAAGCCGUGCGACGCGCCAGUAUCAUUGAGCGUGAAAAAGAAAAUUCAAAACAGAAAUCAAAGAAGGAGAAGAAGAGCAAGACUUCGGGAAUUUUGGUGAAUAAGAAUGAACCAGUUGUGGUGCGUGAGAAUUUGGUUAUUGAAGAACAAGCAAAUUCUUUCGAAACGAAACAACCUAAAGAUACAGUUGAGUUAAAGAAACACGAUAAGAAGGAUAAUAACAAAAAAGAAAAGAAUGGUAAAAAGGAUAAAAAUGUAGCAGUGGAAAAGCCAAUUUUGCCCGCUAGUGAACAGCAGCAACCACCAGUAGCCGAACCUGUUAUACAACCGCAAGUUGCAAAGGAGCUUAAACAGCAGGAUGAGAAAGUACGUCAAGGCUCACCAAAGGCACAUGUUGCUAAUAAUGCCAGUGGAAACAAUAAAACAAAACAACAAAAUAAGAAGCAGAACAAAGAGACUGCUGCUACCAAAGAUCUUGUACUUGCACUCGAUAAACUUUCUGAUUCAGAUACUAUUGGCGUUUCAUUACUCAUGAAUCUCUUCCGUCGCGCCGAGCUUAAUCGUUCCGAGAUACAAAUACUUAUCGAUUAUUUGUUGAAUAAGCAACAGGAUACGCCUGCAACUCAUUCGGAAUGGUCUGAUGAUAUAUGCCAGAAAUUAAAACGCCAAUUGGAAGAGAAGGAGAAAGCGUUAGCCGAAGAACAAGAAGCAUCGAUAGGUAUUCAAGCAAAAUUGCGUGAUUUACGUACAGAAAUUAAUGCAGAACGUGCCCAAUUGAAUGCUACUGUCAAAAAUUACGUUGAAGCGAUUAAUUCCAAAGACCAACAGAUUGCUUUACUCACUCAGGACAUGCAAGCACUCAACGACAAGUUCGCGCAGGAGCGUAAACAAUUCCAAGCCAAACUUUUAAUUGAAAAACAAAAUGGUUCCCAAGACUUGUUCGCACAAUUGCAACGCUUACAAUGUGAAUCGACGCACAAGGAUAAGUGUAUUAACGAUCUGACCUGCUUGGUUAACGCCUGUAAUCAGGCGAACGAAGAGUUAAAACAACAAAUAAGUCUCCUCGAACAGCAACGUGAAGAGCUCGAACAAAUCUCGAAUAACCGAAUUGUAGAACUCGAAAAAUCGAAAACACUUGAAAUCGAAAACGCUGAACGCCAGUUGGAAGUACAUAACUUACAAAAUGCACACGAAUCAAUCAAAGCUGAUUUGACGCAGGUCCGGCAAGAUCUUGAGGCACGAAACACGGCUUUGGCGGAGAAGCAGAAUCAGCUCGAAGCCUUGCAAGCUAAAAAUAACGAGUUGCUACAACAACUGGCCGGCAUAAACAAUCAUGCUGCGGAACAAUCUGGUUUGCAGGCAACAUACGAUGUACUCAAGUUACAAUUGGCUGAGAAAGAGCAACAAUUGGCCGAAUUUAAUACUAAGCAUGCCUCAUUAUUAAAACAAUUCAGCGGUUUAGAAGCGCAAACACAACUUAAUGCACAAACACAUAAUGAUUUACAGAAGUUGGUUCAGUCACUCCAGCAAGACAUCGGUAGUAAGCACCAGCAACUGCAACAGGUCGAGCAGACUGUGGACAAACUGAACCUACGUGAAAAGGAGUUACUACAACAGCUCCAAGAACAAAAAGAAAAGAACGAUGAUUUGCGUAAGAAAAACUGGAAGUUGGUUGAAGCUUUACAAAGUUGUGAAACAACAGCUAGACAAAGUAAAGCGUCUAAGAGCGCAAAUGCAAGCUUAGUUCAACAGCAGCAGCUUUUCGCAGCUUCGCAAAAACAAUCUUCCGCCACAGCCAAUUCCCCAACCGUUUCCGCAAAUGACGAGAAACAUGUGCGUGAAAUAUUCCAGCGUCUCUAUCCAGAAGCAGUUAAAGCUUGUGCCAGCACCGCGCUUAGUGUAUCCUUUGAGCAGUGGGUGGAACAGGUUUUGGCCUCACAAAUAAAAUUAGCUGCAGUCAAUAAAGCGGCUAGCAGCAGUAGUAACAAAUCAACACAAUCUAAUACCAACAGCAGCAACAGUAAUCACACCUCUUCAAGCCACACAAACAACAACUCACAUAAUGAUAACUUAAUCAAUAGCAAUAAUCGUAUUAGUAGCAACAGUAGUGGUGAUGGUGGAAGCAGCGGUAAUGGCAACGAUGUGGAUGCAGUUGAACUGCGUCUGCAAAAUACUCAACUGCGCGCCAAGGUGGAUGAGUUAACUAAGCUCGUUAAGAAGACUAGCAACACAUUGUCAGCUCUUGAAGGGCAUGCACUGCAAGAGCACGAGAAAUGGCAAAGCAUUUUAUUAGCAAAGGAUGAGGAAAUUUCUAGAUUGCAGCACUCAAAUGGAGCGCAGGACAUUUAAUGUCGCAUCAUUGGAGUUCGUUUAGCGUUAGAAAAAUGCAAUUAAGAUGUAAUGCCUUCCAAAUCCAAAAUGAGUAAACAAUAUAUGAUACAACAGCCAACUACUUACAUAGAAAAGCGGCCAGUAACCAUAGAAGUGGAUUAUAAUGAGUGGCAUAAUACAAUAUGCCAAAUGCAAGCAUAUUUCUUACAGAAGCUUACAAAAGUGAAACUAUUAGAAAAUACUUGCAUAUUAUCAGCAAACAAGAAUGUUCGUACGUAAGCAUUAAUUUGCACAAUAAGCGAUGAAAUAGUAGCUAAUAACAAACAGCAGCAACAUGAAUCAUUCUAAAAUUAUGUUACAGUACAGUAGGAGAUAAAAAGUAAAAGAUAUUAAAAACAUAAAGUUAAAUUAAAAAACAAACCAAUUAUGCGUGAAUAAAUGUAAAACAAAAAAUAGCAACAAAAAAUAUAGAGUUUAGUAUAAGCCUAAAACUGUGCAAUGUUUGAUGAUUGAAAGCGGAAGCAACAAAAGUAGAAUAUAUAAAGAUUAAAGCAAAUUAAAACAGCCAAUUACACUGAAUUGCUAAUAUAAAAUGGGUAAAGCUAGUAAUUAUGAAAUGCAAGCAUUAUAUAAAAAAAAUAGCAAGCUAGCAAAGCCGAUAAUAGGAUGGAAGUAGGAAAGAAAAAGAAAAAUCUAUUAAUGCGCUGCAUAGCUGAAUAGCAUUAUGCUGUUUGUGUUCCACAAAAAGUCUUUGCAUUUAUACAUACAAAUACAUGAAUACAUAAAUACAUACACAUAACCAAAUAAUGUUAAUUUAUACGUCACAAAAGAUCGUGAAUAAAGAUAUAAUGAACUGUAAACAUUACAA